UGAGUUAUAGUGGCAAUGCGACGCUUGGAAGAGGUUUUAAUACCUAUGCCGGAGAGUGUAAGAUGUCUAAAGCAGCCGAAUGGUCCAAUGAACCGGAUUUUGCUACAACUAAAAACAAUGCAACGAUAAUUAAAUCAAAUACUUUUAUAAGUUAUAUCAACGAUUUUACAGAGUUUUGCGAGUUUUUUGGUAUUAAAGGUUCGGAAGGCUUCAAUUUUUCAGCUUUGGAUUUUACUGAGUUGAAAUUCAAUUUUACUAGAGGUUCUAGAUCAAUUAGUUUUCAAGAU